AGCUUUUAGGUUAUGUUAAAAUUGUUUAAAAAACUUUAGUGUAACAAGACAAAUAUCCAGAAUUCUAUCAUUUUAUUCGCAAACUGUGCUUCAGUCUUCUUGUAUUUGCAUUAGCACUUCAUUAGUCCUUAGUAAUCAGAUCAGUAACGUUUUAUUAGUGGACAAAUUCGAGAUGCACGGCAGACUUAAAAUUCGGACCUCAGAGGAUCAGAAACUUCGGAAACAAAAAGAACAACAAAAGAAAUUAGCAGCAUAUCACAUGGGAACUGAAAAAAUUCUCUCUUCAAGGAAGCAAGACACCUAUGAUCCUGAAAGUAUUUCCAUCUGCACCCAGAUACUGGUUGUAAAUCCUGAUAUUUAUACUUUGUGGAACUAUAGAAAAGAAGUAAUCCUAAUAAAAAAGGAAGAAAGUAAAAAAGAUGAAGUGGAGGGGGAAGAUACACUGGUAAAGUACCUAGAGAAUGAAAUUGGGCUGACCGAACAGUGCCUUCUGACAAAUCCAAAAUCAUAUGGCGUUUGGCAUCACCGUUAUUGGGUAUUGAAUAACCAUCCAAAACCAAACUGGGAAAAUGAGUUUAAUUUAUGCACGAAGUACCUGACCAUGGAUGAUCGAAAUUUUCACUGUUGGGACUAUAGGCGCCUUCUUGUGAAUAAGAUUGGUAUAACUCUCACGGAUGAGCUUCAAUUUUCAACUGACCGGCUGAACAUCAACUUUUCGAAUUACUCUUCUUGGCAUUAUAGGAGUACCUUGAUGAACUUGGAUGCAGAUAGUGCAAGAUAUGAACUGAACCUAGUUCAAAAUGCUGUAUUCACUGAUCCAGCUGAUAGCAGUGCUUGGUUUUAUUUGAGGUGGGUGCUGAGUAAUCCUGCACUUCCAAAGGAAACACGAGAAGAGCUUCUUAGUGCCCUUGAACAACUGGAAAAUCUAGAACCUGAUUGCAAAUGGAUCAUCAUGGCAAAGUGUUGGCUAACUGGCAGUCUAGUACUGAAUGAUAAAGACUACGUCGACUGCAGAGUCCAGUUCUAUAGAAGAUUGGUUGAGCUUGACCCAAUGAGGAAAGGACAGUAUCUGGAUUAUCUGAAAAGUGCCGAAGAAAAAACCAAGAAAAUCGGGGACCAAUAG